GUAACUUCUCCCAAACGUGUGCAACAUUUCAAAAGCGUUUGUAUUCGGCCACAGCCGCAACUGUGUUGUCCUGGGAUACACAAAAGGAUUUGCCAGACGCCCAGAAGUAAACACACACAAGCAUACACACACACACACACACACACGCACAUACACACCCACACAUACACCCACAAACACACAGGCAUACAAGAAGGGGCAAGGCAAACGCGAAAACGAAAACGAACUGAGCAACGGCAACUGAAAUUGAUUGAAAGUACAACAAAAAGCAACGAGCAGGUGAAAGAGGAGCAAUCAGUUGCUCCUUCUACUGCUACUACUUCUGCUCCUGCUUCUUGCCACCGCAGCCUCGUUUGAUGUGCAGCCGCGCGAAGAUUCUGUCGUUGUCGUUGCCAUUUGAAGAGGGAAACCAAACAAGCAAAGAGAGAGAGUGGAAAACAAAGUCAAAUAAGGAAAGCACCGGAGCACCUACAAAUGUCGCAGGUUCGCGUUGUACCUGUGGAUCUAUCCUCAAAUACAUCACAUAUCAAUCCGAAAGAAAGUCAAAGCAGCAGCUAUGAUAAUCAGAGUCAGAGUCACUCAGCUCAGUAUUCGGUGGGAUCCAUUAGCAACGAUGAGCCGCGUAUCAUUUGGCUAAAGACGAUUAUUGCCAAUUCUUUAGGCGUUUUUGAGCCCGAACAUGUAAACACUUUGAUAGCCAAAAAUGAGGAAGCUGUCAAUACAUUUUUUCGCAAGCGCUAUGAACGCCAGGCCGAUCUGGAUUGUGUGGUGAUGUUUGUAUGGCGUACAUUCUAUGACAAGUUGGUUGAAGAGGAGAUUACAGUGCUGGAGGAAGUGCCACGACCACCGCCACCGGUUGUCGACAAGAAAGCCAAGGGCAAAAAGGGCAAGGGUGAUGGCAAAGCUGGCGGUAAAGCUUCGGCAAAAGCCGCUGGCGGCCCCAAAGGACGCAAAAAGGGUGGCCAAGAGUCGGCCAUUGAAACAGAUUCGGGACGUCCAUCGGGCACUGAACUGGAGAUAACAGAUCCGGACGCCACUUAUACGGGUGGCGAGACCACCGAUGCCGAUCUGGAAGGUGAACUGGAAGGCGAAGAAGAAACCACUGUGGCGGGUAGCGGCAAAAGCUCGGCCCGUUCCAAGCGUUCACGUCGCAAAACGAAGAAAAAGAGCAUUUAUGUACCCGUCUAUGUGGAGGUUAAGAAACUGGUGCCAGCUUAUGUCAAGACUCCAUUACUUCAUUGUCACUUUGGUGAAAUGCAAUCGGCAAAUUUCGAUCCUAAAAUUCGUUAUGUUUACAUAGUGCGAAAAAACCGUCGCGAGAUACCCUGGUUCAAUGAAAUAGCGCAGUGUUUUGCUGAAAUGCCUUCACUCUUUGUAUUGGGAACCAUACGCGGUUCAUUGAUCGAUUCCCUGCGUGAGGACCUCAAUGUGGUUUACAGAAGCGCCUAUCAAUUUCAAUUUCGCGAACCGACCACCACGGAUACCCAACAAAUGGACAGUUAUGAUGGCCAAGCCGGAGGCGAUGGUGGAGUUGGUAGUGCAGCUGGCGCUGCUGGGGAUGCUGGCGAGGAUAUUUCGAGCGAGGCCAAGGAAUCGGGACCGGGUCUAUUGGAGCUAUCCAAACCAUCGGAAUUUCGUUUGAAAGCGCUUAAACAACAAAAGAAGCAAAAGGAGAUGGAGGCCAUGUCUAAAAAGCAGGAUAAAACCAAGAACGUUGUACCCGAUGCCGAGCAUGAGGAUGGUGAUGAUGAAGAAGGCGAGCACGAGAAAAAGCCUGUGGUAGAGGCAGCCUCCUCCUCCGAGGAAGAAGAGGAUCAGAAACCAGAACGGCUGACAGUAGGUGAGCGAUGGGAAAAGUUACUUACUGAGACCAAGGCCAAGGUCGCGGCAGAACAUGCAGCCGAAGAGGCCACACCGCCACGUGUUAAUCCCAUACAGAAGCUGAUAUUCAAAGAGAUUGACGAAUUCGAUAAGGAAAUCGCCUGGACUAUUAAUCACAUUGUCUGGGCUUUCAAUUUGCCCUCAUCGUAUGUAAUGCCCGGCCAAGAGGCUACCGAAUUUGAAGAUGCGAUCGUACGAAUACCCGUCGAUCCCAAGAAACUUGACUUAAUUCCCACAUACACUACAACCCAAUUAGAAGAUGUUGUUAGCGGAUGGAUGAAAUAUUUAACUAAAACCAUGAAAACUCUCAAAGACACCAAAUUGGAUGAAUUUACCCCCAUGGCUGAGUAUCGAUAUUGGCAUAAAAUGGAACUUGAACUCUAUGGUACUUUGGAGCAGCUGAAAACUGAUUUUGUUGUCGCAGUGUUGCAACGUCUGGCCGACGAUGAGUCCAAAAUUCUUCCCGAAUGGGAAGCUGUUCUGGAAAAGACACAAGAGCGCUUCAAGUUGGCCAAAGAGAACUCUGAUUAUCUAGGCACAAUCACAGACUACUUGGAGAAAAUUCGAAGCUAUGAGAGUUUCAAAAUGACUGUACUCCAAAUACCCAAUAUAAUGGUUGGACUACGACACAUUUGGACCAUGUCUAGUUAUUUUUGUCGUGAUCCUGAAAUGCAGGUGCUACUCUGUCAGAUCUCGAAUGUUUUUGUCCAGAAGGUGAAAAACAUCAUUAAUUUUGAUAAUAUUUUUCGCUAUUCGGCUACUUACACCCAUGAAACGGCCACCAAUUGCGCCAAUUUACUGCGCUGCUGGAAGCAGGCAUACAAACUGAGUCGCCAGCACAUUGAGGAGUCUGGUGCUGGUUCCCGUUGGGAAUUCGAUCGAGUGGCUCUGUUUAAUGAAGUCAAUCACAUACAUCGUGUGGCCGUAGAUAUUGCCUAUAUAGGACGCGUUUUUAUUCAAUAUGAGAAUCUGUUUGGUCAUCGUCUCAAGGCUCUGAUUGCCGAUCCUUCAAUUGUGGAUAAUUUAAUGCGUAAAGUCUAUCGAAUGUUGGAUGAGCUGAUUCGCAGUGUGGAUUAUGAUAUGUUUCUGCCCAGUAACUGGGAGAAUUGGGAAUAUUCGCUGGAACAAUUUAAUCGGCGUUUAGAAGUGCUUGAAAUUGAAGCCAAAAUGGUGAUUGAUCAGAGUAUAAAUUCAUUGCUUUCAUCAGAGAAGGGUCUUCAAUUAAUUACAAAUGCCAGCACUCUGGACACACGUCAAAGUCUGCAAGAGUUUGUGGCCACAAAACAUGAAAAUCUUUUACGUUAUUUUGUAACCGAAAUCAAUGCUGUAGAGACUGUAUUUUUGAACAAUCGCAAAACUCCACCAAUGGCCAAGCAUCAGCCUGCAAAGAUUAGUGCCAUUUGUUGGUCUCGUUUACUUGGACGCAAACUCAAGAAAUCGGUGCUAGCUUUUAAAUCUAUCGAAGACGAUCCGGCAUUAGCGAAUAGUUUUUUAAAACGCACAUCGUUUAAACAGUAUUUCGAAUUGAUGGCCGUAAUGUUCCAGUUUGAGAAAGUGCUAUUUGAAAAGUAUAUACAAUCGGCCACCUAUAUUAUAAAUCACACGAAUCGCUCUAAUAUACUGGGCAUCCGCAUCUGCCGAGAAGAUACAAUGAACGCUAUUGCUGAAGCCUCGCAGACUUUAAAAGCCAAGCCACGAGACAAUUUGAAUACAGCUGGCUCUCGUCAUGGUGUUAGCCAAAUGCUAAGUCUAGCCAAUGUGCAGUCAGAGGGCACAAUGAGUUUGGCUGAGUCUUAUAAUUUUUCGGAAGAUGCUGAUACAGAAGAGGACACAGUAGACGUUGGCGACACGGGCCCAGUUGGUUUUAUGUGUCGUAUAAAUAGAUUCACUGUCCUGACUGCCAUGAUUAUGUGGAUGGUGAGCAAGACAAGGCAUGGCAAUGUACAACUGCAGAAAUGCAUAGCUUUUCUAUCACUGAUAAAGGAUAGAAAGGCUAGGGAUAUUAAAGCGCAAGAUAAGGAGCAUGCCAAGAUUUGCGAAUUGCUUGUUCGUGCUGAAACUCAGCGUCUUCUGCCCACUUGGCGUGAGCUUGUGGGCGAUAGAGUUCUUAUUGAAUAUGACAUGCAUUUUGUGGUUAAUCUCAAUCGCGAAAUAUUCGAUGUAAUGUUCGAAGGACAAUUAUUUGAGCAUCUUGGCUUUGAAUUGCCAGCUGUUCUGCGCACGGCCAUCAUGAAGAAAAAUCUACUUUUCAAUGACUAUGAGAAACUAACGGAAGUAAUAGAGCGAUAUAACAAAAUCAUUGGCAAUUUGUCGCUUUCGGAGGUGAUCUUCUUGCGCGAUCAUAUCUACGACACCGAAUUGUAUAUACAAAUGGGUGUGGGACGUUACAGUUGGAUAUCAUUUAAUAUUGCCAAAUUCUGUGACCAAGUCAAUUCUCAGUUGCGCAAAUUGACUUCAAUUGUUGCUCAAAUUAAUUUCAUACGCGUCGAUCUGAGAAACCGCAUUGAAAUGAUCAAAGCUUACAAUUUAUUCAAUCUCGACGACGAAAUUCAAGAAUCGGCCACACCAAGUAUAAAUUUCAGACGAUCCCGUACCCAGUCCGCUACGCGAGGAACAUCAUCAACGAUACGAAAUUUUGUUUCAAGUGGCGGUGAAAAUAUUACCAUCUAUCAAGCUGAGGAGGAGCCCGAUGAGGAGAAGAAGGAACAACAAGCCUGCGGCACUGAAAUCUAUCAAUGUCAGGGCUAUUUUGAGCGCUUGGAAGCAUCGCGUAAUCGUAAAGCAGCUCAAAUGAAGAAACUAUACGAUUCAUUGGGUCCUGUUCUAAUUAAAUUAGAAAGUUUGGUCCUUGGCACAUUUACUGGUCGAUCUGAAAAGAUGCGAACUUACUAUAAAUUUUGGGAGGAGGAGACUUUCAAGUGUAUUGUUGACAUGACAUUUCAGAAUCUUAAAUGUUAUAUCAAUCGAUUGCUCUCGGAUAGCCCUAUGUUUGAGGUCAAUGCAGUCCUCUUGAUGUCAGAAAUUGUUUUGGAGCCCUCUGUCCAGGAAUUACAGAAUAUAAUUGUAACUGCUGCAAAAGACUAUUUGUCGCGCCUGCAGAUAUUUACCCGUUGGAUGGCAGGGACAUGUGUUAAUUGUCCACCCAUUGAGACUGGUACACAAUGGAAAUUCAAUUAUACCUUCUACGAGGAUAUUAUGCAAAAUUCUGCAAUUGUCGAACUAAUUAUCAGCAUACACGAUUUAGCUUCCAAAAUAGCUAACGAAGCAAGAGGAUUCGUUGUCCAAUUUCGCAAGUAUUUCAAUCUGUGGGCCUACGAAAAGAAUCUAAUAUGCCAAAAAUUUGUUGAACGCCAAGUGACGCUUAUCGAAAUCGAUGAGAAAUUUACAUUUUACUCGGCCAUUGUGGAAGAUAUGGCCAACAUGCGCAAGUAUCAGGAUGUGAAGUGUGUGCGCAUAAAUUUGCAGCCAUUGCUGGACAGCAUCACCCAACAUGCCCAGGAAUGGUGCACCAUAUUGGGCGAGGAGUUGUUGCGGCAUGUCAACGAGAACAUGAGGGCAAUGCGAAACGAAAUCAAAACUCUCAGCAUGAAUCUCAAUAAGCCUACACGCGAACUGGAGGACUUUAAGCUUGUCAUGCAAACAGUUGCCACCAUUCAGUCAACAACUCUUACCAAUGAGCAGAAGAUACAUGAAAUGCAAGAGACAUUUACGGUGCUAAGCGAACAUGAGAUUAUGUUCCCUUACGAGGACAUGCUGAUGGCCCAUCACCUGGAGAAACGCUGGAAGCGACUGUUCCUAUCGGCAUUGUAUCGCUCGGAGAAGCUGCAACCAAUUAAGCAGAAAUUCGCAGAUAUGACUUCCGUGGAAAUCGAAGUCUUCUACGAUGAUUUGGCGGAAUUCAUCAAAGAUUGGGAUGAGAAUGGCCCCGGCUCUGUUGGUCCCGAAUUGGAACGUGGCGUACGUCUCAUGGAUCCCUAUGGUCAUAAAAUCAGCGAGCGUGAGGAUCGUCGUCAAGAGCUGGCCAAUGCGGAACGUCUCUUUGAUAUGCCCAUGAUGGAUUACCAUGAGUUUGGACGAGUUCAGACCGAAUUUGAGGGAUUGCAGCAGAUCUACAAACUGUACAAGGCACAAAAGAAUGGACGUGAAGGCUGGGCCAAGACCUUGUGGGCCGAUUUGGAUCCCACUGUCUUGACCGAGGGCGUUGAGAGCUAUUUAAAGGAAUUCCGGAAAUUACCCAAGCCGGUGCGACAGCUGCCCGUGGGCCAGCAAUUGGAAUUGCAUAUGAAGCAAUUCAAGGGCACAGUUCCCCUGAUGGUCAGUCUGAAACAUGAAGCUUUGCGUGAACGCCAUUGGCUUCAACUGAUGGAGAAGACCGGACAACAUUUCGAUAUGUCACCGGCUCGUUUUACAUUGGAAAAUAUGUUUGGCAUGCAGCUGCAUAAAUAUCAGGAAAUAGCCGAACAAAUACUAACGAAUGCCAUCAAGGAGUUGCAAAUUGAACGAGGUGUUCGGGCCGUUGAAGAGACUUGGGCGGCGAUGGCCUUUAAGGUAAUUAAACAUUACAAGGGCAUGGAAGAUCGUGGCUGGAUAUUGGGACCAGUCGAUGAGAUAAUGCAACAAUUAGAGGAUAAUGGCAUGAAUCUACAGUCCAUGGGAGCCAGUCAAUUUAUUGGACCAUUUCUGGAGACUGUUAACAAAUGGGAACGUUUGUUGGCACUCAUUUCUGAGAUCAUUGACGAGUGGCUGGUGGUACAACGUAAAUGGCUAUAUCUGGAGGGCAUAUUCAUUGGAGGCGAUAUACGUACUCAAUUGCCAGAGGAGGCACGCAAAUUUGAUGACAUUGACAAGGCAUAUCGUCGGAUCAUGGUCGAUUGUGCCAAAAAUCCGUUAGUGGUGCCAUUUUGCUCAAUACCCGGACGUUUAGUGGAAAUCCAAGGUUUGGGCAUUGGCUUGGAAAAUUGUCAGAAAUCGUUAAACGAAUAUUUGGACUCGAAACGUCGCAUUUUUCCGCGUUUCUAUUUCAUAUCCACCGAUGAGUUGCUCUCAAUUUUGGGCAGCAGUGAGCCAUCUGCAGUGCAGAACCACAUCAUUAAGAUGUACGACAAUAUCAAGUCACUGCGGCUGGUCAAGGAGGGUAGCCAGACAAUUGUUACCGCCAUGAUAUCCAGCGAGGGAGAAGUAAUGGAAUUUCGCCAUGUUGCCCGCGCCCAGGGUCGCGUUGAACACUGGAUGAACGAUGUGCUGGAUGAAAUGCGACGCUCGAAUCGCUUCAUAACCAAGACGGCCAUCUACGAUUUCGGCACGGAUCUGGAAAUUUCAAGACCCGAUUGGCUAAUGAACUACCAGGGUAUGGUUGGCCUGGCCGCCAGUCAAGUUUGGUGGACUGCCGAAGUGGAAGAAGCAUUCGAUCAGGCUCAAAAUCAUGGCAAUAUGCGUGCCAUGAAAGAUUUCCUUAACAAGAAUAACUAUCAGAUUGAGGAGUUGGUGCUAAAAGUGCGUUCCAAUCUCUCGCGCAAUGAUCGCCUUAAGUUCAAGGCUCUGUGUACCAUUGAUGUCCAUGCCAGGGACAUUAUCGAUACAUUUGUUCGAGAUAAUGUUCUAGAUGCCAGCGAAUUUAGCUGGGAGAGCCAAUUGCGUUUCUAUUGGGUCAAAUUCUAUGACAAUCUGCAUGUUCUGCAAUGUUCUGGCAGCUUUGAGUAUGGCUACGAGUACAUGGGCCUCAAUGGACGUUUGGUGAUUACUCCGCUCACAGAUCGCAUAUAUUUGACAAUUACGCAGGCCCUGUUGAUGAAUCUGGGCGGAGCGCCAGCUGGACCGGCAGGCACAGGAAAAACUGAGACAGUCAAAGAUUUGGCCAAAGCCAUGGGUUUGCUCUGUGUAGUCACCAAUUGCGGUGAAGGCAUGGAUUAUCGUGCAGUGGGCACUAUACUCUCUGGUCUGGUGCAAUGCGGUGCCUGGGGAUGCUUUGAUGAAUUCAAUCGUAUUGAUAUUUCCGUGCUUAGUGUAAUAUCCACGCAACUUCAGACAAUACGAAAUGGUUUAAUACGCAAAUUAGAACGUUUUGUCUUUGAAGGUGUGGAAAUUAAACUGGAUCCCAAAUGCGGCGUCUUUGUUACGAUGAAUCCAGGCUACGCUGGCCGCACAGAGCUUCCCGAGUCUGUGAAGGCUCUCUUCCGUCCAGUGACCUGUAUCAAGCCAGAUUUGGAACUAAUUUGUCUUAUCUCACUUUUCUCGGAUGGUUUUCUCACUGCCAAAGUGCUGGCCAAGAAGAUGACUGUACUCUAUUCCCUGGCGCAGGCUCAACUCUCAAAGCAGUGCCAUUACGAUUGGGGUUUACGUUCGCUGAACUCGGUACUCCGCAUGGCCGGUGUAAUGAAGCGUCAAUCUGAGGAUCUACCUGAGGCUGUGGUUCUUAUGCGUGUACUUCGCGAUAUGAAUUUCCCCAAAUUCAUAUUCGAAGAUGUUCCUCUCUUCUUGGGUCUCAUCAAGGAUCUGUUUCCUGGCAUCGAUUGCCCACGCAUCGGUUAUCCAGACUUUAAUGCGGCUGUUAGACAUGUUUUGGUCAACGAUGGUUACAUUCUACUGCCCGAUCAGGAGGACAAAGUGGUGCAAAUGUAUGAAACCAUGAUGACCCGGCACUCGACCAUGAUUGUGGGCCCAACAGGUGGUGGCAAAACUGUCGUCAUAAAUGCUCUGGUCAAAGCGCAAACCCACAUGGGCCUGCCCACCAAGUGCAUUGUGCUUAACCCUAAGGCCUGUUCGGUAAUAGAGUUAUAUGGCUAUUUGGAUAUGGAAACUCGAGAUUGGAUUGAUGGAUUAUUUUCAAAUAUCUUCCGCGAAAUGAAUAAGCCAAUUGAACGUGAGGAGCGGCGAUAUGCUUGCUUUGACGGCGAUGUCGAUGCCCUGUGGAUUGAGAACAUGAACUCUGUUAUGGACGAUAACAAACUGCUGACUUUGGCCAAUGGUGAACGUAUUCGCCUGGAGAACUAUUGUGCUCUACUCUUCGAGGUGGGCAAUUUGAACUACGCCUCACCGGCCACAGUUUCGCGUGCUGGCAUGGUGUAUGUGGACCCCAAAAAUCUACGCUACAGUCCCUAUUGGCAUCGUUGGGUCCUUACGCGGCCCGAGCCACAGCGUGAGCUGCUCAAUAAUUUCUUCGAAAAGAUAAUUACUCAAGCAAUUGCUUUUAUAUUGGAGGGAGUCGAUGGCACCACUCAGGGCUUACCCCUGAAAAUGGUCAUUAUGCAAACGGAUCUCAAUAUGGUGACACAAUUCUGUAACAUGUACGAUGCCAUGCUGCCCAUCUACGGACCUUCGGACAACAAAAACUUCGAUGAGCCCGUCAUUCAAGUCUAUAAUACAGAUACCUUGGAAUGCUGUUUCCUGCAGGGAAUUUAUGGCUCCUUGGGUGCCUGUCUUUUGGAGAAGCAUCAAUUGAUAUUUGAUGAGUUCAUGAAACGUACAUCAGGAUUCCCUCAGUUCCAGGAUACACCGGAAUCACCGGCCAGAGGCGGACAGUUUCCACAAAGUAAGCCCACUCUGUACGACUAUUUCUGGGAUAUAAGGGAUAAUUGUUGGAAGGCCUGGGAAUGGGUAGUUAAGCCCUAUACACACAAUCCAGAUGUUAAGUUUAGCGAAAUUCUCGUACCUACUGUGGAUAAUACGCGAACCAAUCAUCUUCUAGCACUGAUGAGUGAGAUCAAACGACCUGUGCUACUUGUGGGUGAGGCUGGCACAUCAAAGACGGCAACCAUCAUGCAAUAUUUGCGCAAUCUCAAUCAGAAUGUCAAUAUUAUACUCAACAUUAAUUUCUCAUCGAGAACCUCAUCAUUAGAUGUGCAGCGUACAUUAGAGGCUGCGGUAGAGAAACGAACCAAGGAUACGUAUGGCCCACCGAUGGGUAAGAAAAUUGCGUGCUUUAUUGAUGACAUGAAUAUGCCCCAGGUGGAUGAAUAUGGCACUCAACAGCCAAUUGCAUUGCUGAAGCUAUUCUUUGAACGCGGCGGCAUGUAUGACCGGGACAAGGAUCUUAAUUGGAAAAAGUUCAAGGAUAUGACAUUCUAUGCCGCAAUGGGAACUGCUGGGGGUGGUCGUAAUGAGGUCGAUGCUCGUUUCAUUAGCAUGUUCUCCACAUAUAACAUUGUAUUCCCCAACGAUGAGUCGCUCGUACAAAUCUAUUCGUCCAUAUUUAAGGGCCAUUUGGAAUUCGUGAGUUUCCAUAAUCGUUAUAUGAUGAUAGCCGAUAUAAUUGUCAUAAUGACACUCAAAUUAUUCAAGUUGGUCAUUGCGGAUUUACCACCGACGCCAUCGAAGUUCCAUUAUAUUUUCAAUCUGAAGGAUCUAUCCCGCAUUUUCGCUGGCAUGUUAUUAAUUAAGCCGGCGAAUUUCAAGAAUUUGCGCGAAAUGAUAAGGGUUUGGCGUAAUGAGUUCACUCGCAUCAUUUGCGAUCGUUUGAUAUCAGAAACGGAUAUAAAUACUGUGCGGCGCAACUUGUCCAUGGAGGUUGCGGAUCGUUUUCCGCCCGAAUUUGAAGAACUGAAUGGUUUCAUCGACCUGGAUGCAGCGGCAGCUGAAGCUCAGGCUCGUUUACUUUACGAGGCAUAUGCAGACGAUGCGGCUGCGGCUGCUGCCGAAGGUGAGGAAGGCGAGGAAGAGGAGGAUGCUGGUGAGGAGGGUCCACCAGUAAUACUAUCUCUCAAAGAUUAUGUGCUGCGUGAUCCAUUGCUCUUUGGUGAUUUCCGUAAUUUUACCAAUGAAUCGGAGCCACGGCUAUAUGAAGAUCUUUUGGAUUAUAGUUCUGUCUUUGCCUUGUUUACCGAAAUAUUGGAAGAGUACUGUGAGCGUAGGCAAAAGAUGACUUUGGUUCUGUUCGAAGACUGUCUGGAACACUUGACCCGUGUCCAUCGCACAUUGCGUAUGAAUCGCGGUCAUGUCCUGCUUAUAGGAGUUGGCGGCAGCGGCAAAAAGUGCAUCACUCGAUUGUCAUCCUUUGCAGCCGAAUGUGAGGUAUUCGAAAUAACCAUAUCGCGUGGCUACAAUGAGGCAGCAUUCCGAGAAGAUUUGAAAGCCUUGUAUACCCUUGCGGGGGUAAAGCGAAAGAAAGUCGUAUUUCUGUUUACAGCCGCUCAAGUCGCAGAAGAAGGUUUCCUUGAGCUAAUUAAUAACAUUCUAACAGUGGGUCAAGUCCCAGCUCUGUUUGCUGAUGAAGAUAAGGACUCUAUUGUCAAUCAAGUACGCAAAUUUGCCGAAGAAGAGGGCUUAUCGGCUUCGAAAGACUCUGUUUGGGCCUAUUUCCUGCGCACCUGUGCAGAGAAUCUUCAUGUUGUGCUAUGCAUGUCACCAGCUGGUGAUGCCCUGCGCAAUCGUUGCCGUAAUUUCCCCGGUCUAAUUGGUAGCACAUACAUUGACUGGGUUUUCCCGUGGCCCAAGCAAGCUCUCUAUGCUGUGGCUAAACUUUUCCUUACUGAACAUCCCAUGAUACCGGCCGAUCAUCGUGAUGCCAUUAUUGAACACGUGGUUCAUGUCCAUAAAACAAUACAAAUAUACUCUAGGGACUAUCAGGCCAAGUUGAGGCGCAAUAAUUUUGUUACACCUAAACAUUACUUGGAUUAUAUUAACACCUAUUUGGGACUAUUAGAGGAGAAACAUCAUUUCAUCACUCAACAGCGCGAACGUCUCGGCGAGGGCAUUAAAAAGAUUGAAGAAGCUUCUGUACAAAUUGAUGAGCUGCGUCUCAUAGUCACAGAGCAAAAGAAGAAUGUGGCAAUUGCUUCCGAGGAAUGCGAAGCCAUGCUGGUUACCAUUGAAGCAUCCACACAGAAGGCAAAUAUUAAAAAAGUGGAAGCUUCGGAAAAAUCUGUUGAGGUGGAAAUUAAAGGAAAACAAAUUGCUAUCGAAAAAGAGGAAGCCGAAGAAAUUCUAGCUGAAGCUAUGCCAGCUCUAGAGGAAGCACGACGUGCGCUAUCCGAACUGGACAAAGCGCAGAUUACUGAAAUUCGUUCGUUUGCCACGCCACCAGCAGCCGUGCAGGUUGUCUGUGAGUGUGUGGCCAUUUUGAAGGGCAUCAAGGAGAUCAGCUGGAAGACCGCCAAGGGCAUGAUGAGCGAUGUGAACUUCUUGAAGAGUUUGAUGGAAAUGGAUUGUGAGGCUCUUACCCAGAAGCAAAUAAGUGCAUGUCGGGCACACAUGAAAACUCAAAAUUUGGAUGACAUGGGAAAGAUUUCGAUAGCAGGUGCUGGUCUACUGAAGUUCGUGAAAGCUGUUCUUGGCUUCUUUGAUGUUUAUCGUGAGGUCAAGCCGAAGAAAGAGCGUGUAGAUUUCUUGGUGGAGGAGCAAGAAGUGCAAAUUAAGCUGCUUAAUCAUCUCAAUGCUGAGAUACAAAAGCUAGAAGAGAAAUUGGAGCAACUGAAUGAGAACUAUGCCGUCUCAAUGAAGCAGAUGAAAGCUCUGGUUGAGAUGAUGCAACAGGCGGAACGUCGUUUGAUUGCUGCCGAUAAACUGAUUAGUGGCCUGUCCUCUGAGCUGAUACGCUGGAGCAAGGAGAUGGCAAGUCUGGGUCAGCAAUUGAUUGAUAGUGUCGGUGUAUGCUUGAUUAGUUCCUCCUUCCUGGCCUAUACGGGCGCCUUUACCUGGGAGUUCCGCAAAACGAUGGUAUUUGAAGAUUGGCUCGAGGACAUUAAAUCGCUGGGCAUUCCAAUCAAUUUGCCAUUCAAAAUUGAUGCCUAUCUAACAACAGACGUUGAGAUUUCGCAAUGGACCAGCGAAGGAUUGCCCCCUGAUGAGUUGUCUGUUCAGAAUGGCAUACUGACAAUGCGAGCCUCACGUUUCCCUCUCUGUAUUGAUCCACAGUUGCAGGCCUUGCAAUGGAUACGCAAGAAAGAGUAUCGAAAUAAUUUGAAGAUUCUCUCAUUCAGCGAUUUUGAUUUCCUUAAGCAAUUGGAAAUGGCCAUUAUGUAUGGCUUGCCAGUGCUAUUUGAAGAUGUGGAUGACUACAUUGAUCCAGUGAUUGAUGAUAUUCUACAAAAGAAUGUCCGAGUCCAAGGUGGCCGUAAAUUUAUUAUGCUGGGUGACAAGGAAGUCGACUGGGAUCCCGGUUUCCGUUUGUAUUUGACCACUAAAUUCUCAAAUCCCAAAUUUGAUCCGGCUGUAUAUGCCAAAGCCUUGGUCAUUAAUUACACGGUAACCCAGACGGGUCUGGAAGAUCAGCUACUUAGCGUUGUGGUGGGCACCGAACGUCCUGAUCUCGAACAGCAACGUGAAUCGUUGAUAGCUCAGACUAGUGAGAAUAAGCAAUUGUUGCAACAACUUGAGGAUUCUCUUUUGCGUGAAUUGGCCACCUCAACUGGCAACAUGUUGGACAAUGUGGAAUUGGUGGAGACACUAGAGAAUACCAAAUCCAAGGCCGGGCUUGUUAUGACGCAACUUAAGUUGGCCUCUGAGACAGCUGCAGAUAUUGAAGUGCUACGCAAUGGUUAUCGACCGGCGGCAAAGCGUGGUGCUGUCCUCUUCUUUGCCCUCUCCGACAUGUCGACAGUGAAUAGCAUGUAUCAAUAUGCUCUGGCCGCCUAUCUAGAUGUAUUUAUCUAUUCCCUGCGCAAAGCUGUGCCCGAUACUGUGCUGGCGAAACGUUUGAAUAACAUCAUUAAAACUUUGACGGAAAAUGUCUAUUGCUACGGCUGCACUGGCAUCUUUGAGCGGCACAAGUUGCUCUUCUCAUUCCAGAUUGCUACCAAGUUGGCUCAACGCGAUGGCGUUCUGCAGCAAUCCGAACUGGACUUUUUCAUCAAAGGUAGCAUUGCUUUGACCAAGAGCGAACGACAGAAUCCAACCAAAUGGCUGCCGGACAAAUGUUGGGAAGAUAUACUCAAGUUGGCCUUUGAUUUCCCAGAGCCAUUUGGCUCAUUACCCGAUCAUUUUGGUCGUUUUGUAACGGAAUGGAAAGAGUGGUAUGACUUGGAGAAUCCUGAGGCAGUGGCGUGUCCGGGCGACUACAACAUCAAUUGCAAUGCAUUCCAGAAAUUAAUGUUCCUGCGCUGCUUCCGUGUGGAUCGCAUCUUCCGUUGCAUAAAUCAAUAUAUUGUCGAUACCAUGGAUGAGUUCUAUAUUAUGCCGCCGGUUGUGAGUUUCUCAGCCAUUUAUGAGCAAACUUCAUGCACCAUUCCGGUUUGCUUUAUCCUAAGUGCCGGCUCUGAUCCCACAAAUGAUUUAAUAAAAUUGGCUGAUUUGGUAAUUGGUGGCAUGGCCAACUUUUGCCAUAUAUCAUUGGGUCAGGGACAAGAGAAGGCUGCCCUGCGACUUCUCGAUAAUGCCAUACGACAGGGUCAAUGGUUAAUGCUGCAGAAUGGCCACUUGCUGAUUAAAUUUGUGCGCGAGUUGGAAAAGUAUUUGGACAAAAUUGAGAAUCCUCAUCCUGAUUUUAGACUGUGGAUAACCACUGAUCCAACGCCGACAUUCCCCAUAGGCAUAUUGCAGAAGUCAUUGAAGGUGGUAACUGAACCUCCAAAUGGCUUAAAACUUAAUCUGCGCUCAACCUACUUCAAAGUACGUCAGGAGCGUCUUGAGUGCUGCACACAUCGUGGCUUCCGCCCACUGGUCUAUGUGCUGGCCUUCUUCCAUGCAGUGGUGCAAGAACGCCGAAAAUACGACAAACUUGGCUGGAAUAUAGCGUACGAUUUUAACGAUUCAGACUUUGAGGUAUGUACCGAAAUUCUUCGUACAUAUCUAAAUCGCUGUGCGGACGAUAAAAUACCCUGGAACAGUCUCAAGUAUCUAAUUGGUGAAGUCAUGUACGGUGGCCGUGUUAUCGACGAUUUCGAUCGUCGCAUCACCAAUUGCUAUAUGAACGAAUAUAUGGGUGAUUUUCUUUUCGAUGAAUUCCAAACGUUCCAUUUCUAUGAGGAUGACAAUGUUGAUUACUGUUUGCCCGAGGAUGAGACCAUACUAAAGGAGGACUACAUAGCUCACAUUGACAAACUGCCAUUGGUCAAUAAGCCGGAUGUAUUUGGUUUGCAUCCGAACGCGGAAAUCGGUUAUUACACAAUGGCAGCACGGAAUAUUUGGAACAGUCUGAUUGAGUUGCAGCCACAAACUGGUGAGGGCACCGGCGGCAUCAGUCGGGAUGACUUCAUUGACUCGGUGGCCGCUGGUAUUCUAAAGAAGCUGCCCGCCGCCUUCGAGACCUGGCGCAUACGCAAACAAAUCCAAAUGAGUCUAUCGCCAACUGGUGUGGUCCUAUUGCAGGAAUUGGAUAGGUUUAAUCUACUGGUGAUACGUAUUAAGAAGACAUUGGAGCUGCUGCGCAAGGCUAUUGCUGGAGAAAUCGGCAUGGACAAUGUUCUGGACAACAUUGCCAACUCGUUGUUCAAUGGCCUUUUGCCAAACGCGUGGGCCUCACUGGCGCCGGCCACAUGCAAACAGUUAGCUAGCUGGUUGAAUCAUUUGCAGCAACGAGCUGUGCAAUAUAAGUAUUGGACACUCUCUGGUGAGCCAUUGGUAAUAUGGUUGUCUGGUCUACAUAUACCCCAGAGUUAUCUAACAGCUCUAGUACAGAUUGCCUGUCGUAAAAAUGCCUGGCCUUUGGAUCGGUCUACCCUAUUCACCUAUGUGACCAACUAUGCAGACCCCGAUGACGUUGAGGAGCGUCCAGUAACGGGCUGCUUUGUGCAUGGUUUGUAUAUAGAGGGUGCACGCUUUGACUUGGCAACUAAUCAGUUGGCGCGGUCUCAUCCCAAAGUUCUGGUCGAGGAGUUGGCCAUUUUGGCAGUGGAACCCAUUGAAGCGCACAGACUUAAGCUACAGAAUACUUUCCUGGCCCCCGUGUAUACCACCUCGUUGCGUCGCAAUGCCAUGGGUGUGGGUCUAGUAUUUGAGGCCAAUUUAGCCACAUCUGAGGAUCUAAGCCAUUGGGUGCUGCAAGGAGUUUGCCUUACUCUCAAUACGGAUACCUAGUGGAAAGGAGCGUCAAUAAAAAGAAACCAUAACAAAGACUGAUUUAGCUUUUUAGUAAUUGUGAUUAUUCUUAAUGAUUCGUUCUUUGUAUUAAAGCCGAUUAUAAAUCUA